AUGGACCUUGGACAGACCAGGAAUGCUGCUCCGUACUGCCCUGUCAUUGAUCUUUUGCGCAAAGGUACCACUAUCCCCUGGAGCUUGAUCUCAUGGUGCCCGAAACUUCACUUGGCACAUCGUGAAAAAGUGACAGUGAGUAAGGAUGUAACCGAAAAUGUUGACCAGGCCUGGGUUGUUCGACGGGACUGGUACUCCCCCAUCGUGAUCAUCCCAUCACACCUCUUCAAGAGUCAAGAGUACGAAAGUCACCUGCUGGCAACCACAAGCGCGGCAGAAGCGAACCACCGCCCUGUCUCCUCACACUCCCCUCUUGAAACCGUUCCACUUUCCCCUCUCUGUCACUCUCCCCUUCUCGCCUGGCAAGUGGAAGAAAUGGCCACCUCUGUUAGCGUCCUCCCUCGGCGCUUGGAGCUUGCCCGGCUGCACCAAUCACACCGACGACGUGGGUGA